AUGCGUGAGUGGGGCCGCCUCUUUAUUGGACAAGCAUCGCUUUCAUUAUUCUAUUAGGUGUAUAUUAUUCAUGUUAUUACAACUAGCUCGUAUAAUGCUCCUUGGUAGCCGCUUGUGAAGAAGUAUUUGAACUUAACCUCGUCGUCAAUACUAUCUUACAUCCUUCUCUUCACUUGCAUUCUCAUCCAGAUUGUCUGCCAAUAAGUACUACUUAAACGGACCAGGCAUAGAUAAGGAAUUCAUAACAGUUUAUAAUCUGUCGCUUGCAUGCAGGAUUUGGAGAACAACUAUUUCUUGGACUCUGCCUUCUACUCGCCCAUCUUCCCCGGACUUCUACGCUAACUUUUCUUGAUUUUCAUCAUUAAUUGCCCUUUUCGUCGGUGUUUGAAGAAAAACAACAACCGAUUUCAAGAUGAUGGAUUCGGCGAUGGGAAAAGGUGCAGACCACGUGAAGCGGCCUAUGAAUGCCUUUAUGGUUUGGUCGAGGGGACAGAGAAGAAAACUUGCUCAGGAAAAUCCUAAAAUGCACAACUCCGAAAUCAGCAAGAGGUUAGGAGCCGAAUGGAAGUUGCUUUCUGAGGAUGAUAAGCGGCCGUUUAUCGACGAGGCAAAAAGAUUAAGAGCACUACACAUGAAGGAGCAUCCUGACUAUAAGUACAGGCCACGUCGUAAACCCAAGUCGUUGAUGAAGAGAGACAAAUAUGCAUUCCCGAUCCCGUGCAUCCCAACGACGUCGCCGUACCCCGUGACGACAUCGACGGCCGACAUCAUGAAUAUGUCAUCCGCGGAGAAAGCACGUACAUACCUGACAUCGCAUCAACAUCACGCCGCCGCAGCAGCGGCAGCAGCCAGCCAGUACUCCGUACUCGAACACGCUCAAAAACUGGAAUCCCCGACAUCGCUGAUUAGGGACUUUCCUCAUCACCCAGCGCUGUAUCCUCCACCCCAUAUGUACCCUACCUCGGCCGCCGCAGUCCCAGGUAGUGCGUUUGGAAAGUUACCCGGUGGUUCAGCAGCAGCGGCCGCAGCAGCAGCUGGUCUUCACUCGCAACCGUACAUGAUGCCCUACCCCGCCUGGCCCGGCCAAGACGGCGUUCAGCGACCGGUCGCCUACAUCCUCGUAAAACCCGACAUGGAGCCGUACGGCGCGACGCACCCAGCGAUCCGGCCGACGAUGCCCCUGCCAACGAGACCUACGGCGGCGACGGCUCUCUAAUGCCACUUGUGACUCUUUCAUGAAUCUGUGCUGCUCUGAUAAACUGUGUUGCCAGAAAAACGACCAUGUUUAUAAACGAGACAAUUCGAGAAAAUGGUGCUUGUGUUUAACCGGCAUACUUCAACAAGGCACAGAUGUACCGAACUUAAAACGAUCCGGUGGGAAACUUUUUUUUCUCAUCCGGUGAAACUUUUCCCUUUUCUUUUGCUCUUGUAAAACACUUAUUGUUCCAUUUGUUGUAUCUUUUGGUGAUAUUUUGCACUAUCCUGUUAACGGAAAUUAAUAAUAUUGUUCGAUUUUGACGAAAUGAAGAAUCAUGGAGCUUUACAAUAACAGAAGCGACAGAGAAAUAUUAAAUGGUUGCCUCAUUAUAACUUUUUGUUGUGAAUUUACCUUACGUUUUCCCGCCAUCAGCGUUUAAGCUUUAUUCAGUGUUGUGUGGUUGGACUGGCGUAUUUAAUAUCUCUUUAAACAUAUACCCAGUCUUUUAUUGUUGAAGCUGAUAUAGUUAUACCGUAACGAAAUAAAAUUCCCGGACAUGCCUAUAACGUCACUCAAAGCUAAAGCUUUUUAUUUCAGACAGGUCAAUACAAGUCUUCACUCUAAAUUACAGGGAUUUAAAACAAGUCCACAUGGACUGUAGUUAGGGACCAAUCGAAUUCCGGAUUUAGUUUGAAUCCUUAAGAUUCAUUUUUAAAUCUCGAAAGAUUUAAAUUUAAAUCAUUUGAGAUAUAAAUUUAAGUCGUUAGGAUUAAAACUAAAUUCAGAAAUCGAUUGGUCCCUAGCUACAGUCCAUCUGGACUUAUUUUAAAUCCCUGUAAUUUAGAGUGUUCAUUUUCAUAAAUAGAAAUCAAGUGGUCCAAAUAAAUAAAAUAGUCUGCAUCUUUUUGCUCGAUGCUAUCUUUUCCAAAGGGAUGAGUUAUUUUUGUUUAAACUUAAAUGAAAUUCUAACUUGAGACCUUUCGGUUGCAAUUAUUGUUUUAUCCAUGUUAAUGUCUAGUCGAUGCCAUAUAAUUCCUUUUAUUUUGCAGAGUGACGAGUUUUUAUAUCUCAAGUUUCAAAUAUCAAUGAAUCGUUAAAACUACAUGGAAAAAAGACAUGUCAAAAAGACUGUGCAAAUAUUCUUUAAAAAUAUUCUCUUUUCAUUCUCAAAACGGGUAUUCUGUUUAGCCAAUCGUAUAGUUUUUAAGUGUGUUAAAAAAGGCGUCAACACGAGACUAUAUGGUGCUUUUUCUUUGAAACAAAUCAUUUAUUAUCCGUCUGCCCUGUUUUGUAUAUAAUGGGAAGUUUACUUAUUUCGGGCAAUGAACGAUUUUCUUUCAAAUUCUACAAUUUUGAAUACGAGAAAUACUUUGUUAUAAAUUUUGACUGCAGGGGUUCUAUACCUGCUAAGUAUUCUCAUUAUAUGAAUGGUAUAUGGAAUGUGAUGUUAUACGAAUGUUGUGGUUGUAUAAAGGAACAAAAAAGUUGCUGGUUUCUGUAAAGAUUCUAAUGAUUACAAUAUCAACCGAGAUAAUGAUGAUUACCGAGAUCUGAAAUUAUUCUUUACAGAAUAUAGUCUGCAUGUAUAUACAUGUAAUUUACCGUAUUUCCCCCAUAACCAUAAACGAUUCCGUUUGAUUCUAAAGUAUAAUUAAUCGUAUAAUGUGCAUUCUUAAAAGUGAGUGGUGUUGUGUCAUUUAAAAAAAAGUCUUUUCAUUUUGAAGGAGAUUUUUCUGAAAUUAUAGUGCAGUAUAUAACUUCUGCAUUAUCGUCACGCAAAUUUGAGUUUGACUUGAAUAUGGAAUCAUAUUUCUUUAGUUGUUUAUAUUUAUACGAUAUGGAACAUUAAUCCAAUUUCAUUUACUCAUCAUUUACCUCAGAGAGAGAAUGAGAGACCAAUAUUGAGUCGUAUUCAUCUAACUUAUCAUAAUUUCCAAGUAUUGUAAACAACCUUGACAUUUUUUUGCGAAUGGCAACAUGUCAAUCUAUUCUCAGCUCUAUUGAAUCAAUAUUUCUGUGUUUUAUCCUGGUUUUAUGACCAGUGCAGUACUAUGUUUGUGUACUAACUUUUUAUGAGAUAAGUAUAUCAUCACGUAAUGUGGUAUACACUUUCAGAGUAUGAUUUUCCAUCAAAUAAGUUGUUUAAAAUGUGAACAUACCAACUGCUUGAAAUAUUGUCAACAUUUGUUUUGCAUACAGUUUUGUUUUGACCAAUUGGCCUCCUUGGUAGGUUUAUCUUUUAACCAACUUAUAGGUCAAAAAUUCUGAGAGUGAAUAGUACCCAUGGAUUAAUCAACAGUUGGUAAAGGUUCAUCAUUAUUUUAACCAACUUCGAGGUUAGUUAGUAAAGUCCUGAGAGUUUAUUACUCAUGGUACUCGUUGAUGGGGAAAGUGUACAGAUUGUAAAGUCUUUGUAAAAAAGAAUAGUUUAUAUGGAUCGACGUUUUCGCUUUAAUAUACUUUGACGUUAACUUGAAAUGUUCCAGAACAUUUUAAUGAGGUGAAGAGCAUUAUAUUCCUCCUCUUUUAAUCUUAACAAAAUUAUUUCCAGGUUUUGACACGUCAAUGUUUGACGCAGUUUUACUCAGUAUUUUGUAACUAAUCCCCAUGGCCUGUAUUAAUAAUAUAGCUGGUCUGGAAGAGGGCGAAUCAUUUCAUUGAUGUAUCUUUGCAAUUUACAGUGUAAUUUAUUAAUGCUGAAAUUAUUCAAAUUUUUUUUCUUCAAGAAAAGCAAUUGGAAAAUCAUAAGGUUAAUUUUGAAUUUUGUAGUUAAUUAUUUUAUACUGCAAAGUAACUACGCACAUAUAUAUAUAUUUCGUCAUGUAUAAUGUUUUGGGGCUUUGCCUGCAACAAACAGAUCGGUGGAGCAUCUUUAGAAAUCCAUCAUGGGUUUUAUUCCUCUUUUUAUUUUUCAAGGCAUUGUUAUCACUUGAGUUGAAUGGAAAUAAGCAAGAGACAUUCAGUCCGCAUGAGGUUUCUUUAAAAAAGGUAAUACAACAAGUUACGCGAUUGACGAAAAACCAUUGUCAUAUCCGAAAAGCGAAAAUGUUAGGAAUUUGUAGUGAGCUCUGAAUGAUCGUCGCGAUAAAAAACAUUGUAUGCAGUUCUUUUGUCAUUUUUUUGAAUGGUGAUUAAAACACGGAAAACAGA